GGACCCUCCACCUGCAGUAGUCUCUUUAAACGGGAGGUCACGUGUCCAGCGCCGGUGUGUGUGUGUGUGUGUGUAUGUGUGUGUGUGUGUGUGUGUGUGUGUGUGUGCGGUACACCGGCCUCCCUCCGUCUCCGUGUCUCCGUGUCUCCGUGUGUCUCUAUAUAAGGAGACAGGAUGUCCUCCCGCUGAGCUCCGGGGACAACAUGCUACCUCUCGGUCUGCUACUGCUCACCGUCACCGCCAUCGGGACCGGGACCGGGACCAGGACCGGGACCGGGACCGGCUCUCCGUCGCUCCGGGGACCGGUGCUCGGCUUCUCCUCGCCGGUGCCCGCCUCUCCCUCCACCCCGCCGCUGCUCCUCCUCCGGGAGCCCGGGGAGGAGCGCGGAGCGCCCGGAGUCGCCUUGGCCCGGUCCGCGGCGGAGGAGCCGUCCGGUCCCGCAGAGGAGGAGCAGGAGGGCGGGGAGCACCAGCAUCACGGCGGCGGGUACCGGGUGGUCCAGUGGGAGUGGAGCUACGUGCAGACCCCGUACAUCAUCGCCAUCUGGCUCCUGGUGGCCAGCGUGGCCAAGAUCCUGUUCCAUUUCUCUCAGCGCUUCACCACCGUGGUCCCUGAGAGCUGCAUGCUGAUCCUGUUGGGUCUGGUUCUGGGCGGGGUCGUCCUUGUAGCCAAUAAGAAGCAGCUGUACCAGCUGGAGCCCGCCCUCUUCUUCCUCUUCCUGCUGCCGACCAUCGUGGGCGACGCCGGCUACUUCAUGCCGGCUCGCCUCUUCUUCGACAACCUGGGGGCCAUCCUGACGUACGCCGUGGUGGGGACCCUGUGGAACGCCUUCUGCACCGGCUUCAGCCUCUACGCCGCCAAACUUCUGGGGGUCAUAGACCAGCGUGUGCAGGCAGACCUCAUGGACUUCCUGCUGUUCGGGGCUCUGAUCUCGGCCGUGGACCCAGUGGCUGUUCUGGCCGUGUUUGAGGAGGUUCACGUCAACGAUACGCUCUUCAUCAUCGUGUUCGGAGAAUCACUGGUGAACGACGCCGUCACCGUGGUUUUAUAUAAAGUCUACAUUUCCUUCGUGGAGGUGGGAGCAGAGAACGUCCAGACAGCUGAUUACUUCAAAGGAGUCGCCUCCUUCCUCAUCGUCAGUAUUGGGGGGACUCUGGUAGGUCUGGUCUUUGCUGUCAUCCUGGGCUUCAUCACUCGUUUCACUAAGAAAGUUCGGAUCAUUGAGCCCCUGUUUGUCUUCCUGCUGGUCUACCUGGCCUACCUGACGGCCGAGCUCUUCUCCCUGUCUGCCAUCCUGUCGAUGACGUUCUGUGGCAUCGGGGCCAAUAAAUAUGUGGAGGCCAACAUUUCCCAGAAGUCUCGGACCACAGUGAAGUACACGAUGAAGACUCUGGCCAGCAUCGCCGAGACCAUCAUCUUCAUCUUCCUCGGCAUCUCGGCCGUGGACAAGUCCAAGUGGGCGUGGGACACGGGGCUGGUGUCCUGCACCCUGGUCUUCAUCUUCGUCUUCAGGGCCAUCGGUGUGAUUGGUCAGACCUGGGUCCUGAACCGGUUCCGGCUCGUCCCAUUGGAUAAGAUUGACCAGGUGGUGAUGUCGUACGGUGGCCUGCGGGGGGCGGUGGCGUUCGCCCUGGUGGUUCUGCUGGACGGCCAGCAGGUCAAGGCCAAGGAUUACUUUGUUGCCACGACGAUCAUUGUCGUCUUCUUCACCGUCAUGUUCCAGGGUCUGACCAUCAAACCUCUGGUGAACUGGCUCAAAGUCCCUCGAUCCACCAACAGGAAGCCCACCAUCAACGAGGAGAUCCACGAGAGGGCCUUCGAUCACAUCCUGACGGCGGUGGAGGACAUCGCCGGCCUGCAGGGAUAUCACCACUGGAGAGACAAGUGGGAGCAGUUUGAUAAGAAGUACCUGAGUAAGAUGCUGCUCAGGAAGUCCGUGUACAGGAAGAGCGAGUUAUGGGAGGCGUACCAGAAGAUCAACAUCAGGGACGCCAUCAGCGUCAUCGACCAGGGGGGGAACGUCCUGACCUCGGCUCGUCUGUCCCUCCCAUCCAUGGCCAGCAGAGCCUCGUUCCCUGAAGUCACCAACGUCACCAACUACCUGCGUGAGAACGGUAGCGGCGUCUGUCUGGACCUGCAAGUCAUCGAUAACGUCCCCGGGGCCAAAGUGGAGGAGGACAUGGAGACGCACCACGUCCUCGCUGGAAACCUCUACAAACCCAGGAGACGGUAUCAGUCCCACUACAGCCGUCACUUCAUGCCUCUGGGGGAGAAGGAGCGUCAGGACCGGGAGGUGUUUCAGAGGAACAUGAAGAGUCGCAUGGAGACGUUCAAAUCCACCCGACACAAGCGGCACAAGAAGGAGCGCAGCCUGAAGAAGCGCAGAGGAUCUGACAGCAGAGAGGACGGAGGCAGCGACAAACCCCGACGAAACGUCAGCUGGCAGGACAAAGACCCCGUGGUCGUCCCCGUGGAGUCGGAGGAGGACAAAGCUGAGCACUCAGACCCGGAGAAGGAGGACGACGUCGGGAUCACGUUCGUGGCUCGAAAGGCCGAGACUCCGAAACCACGACCCAAGUCUGUCCCAGCCGCUCUGGACGGGAGUUCCUCAGACGUCCCCCUCUCGCCCCCCGGGGGAGACAGUCACCUGCCGUGGAAGGGAGGCGUGGGUUCUCCUCCGCCCUGUGUCUCUGUGGAGGCCACGAAGAUCAUCCCCGUGGACCUGCAGCAGGCCUGGAACCAGAGCAUCUCGUCCCUGGAGAGCAUCUCGUCCCCCCCCGCCCCCCCCGAGCCCGUCCACCCCCGCGUCAGCGCCCUCUCCAGGCUGGGAGGCCCCCGCCCCGUCUCCUACACGCCACCGGGGAGCGCUAUGGGGAGCACCUCCUCCUCCAUCGGAGCUCAGGUGUCCCAGGGCUCCUUCUGCUUCCCAGAGAAGAAGAAGAAGGAGGAGGAGGAGGAGGAGGAGGAAGGAGGAGGAGGAGGAGGAGGAGGUUUGCAGGAGAUGCAGCCACUCAUGUCCUCCUCUCUGCGCCCCCCCCCCAGCUCCCUGCCGCCACCACCGCCUCCUCCCCCUGGCUCCGGGAGGAGGAGGAACCCCUGUGUGUACCUGAGGAGCCUGGUUACGGCGCCUCCUCCUGGUGGCAGCGAGCAGCACAGCCGAGGCCCCACCCAGCUGUGACCUCUGACCCCCCCAGACCUCCAGGUCAGCUAGGACUGCGCCAUCACCCCCUCCCACAUCAGGUGAUCUGUUACCUGUGUGUCCGUCCAACAGGAGGACAGCUCCAUCAUCCCGGUGGUUGGGGUCAGAGGUCAGAGGUCAGAGGUCAGAGGACCCAGGACACGUCCGUGAGAGGUGAAGGGUCACGUGUUGGCUCUGUCCCUGUGUGUCACGUGUCAUUUAAUAACGAAUUCAUCAAUAAUCUCAAUGUAUCAGAAUAAGCUGCCCCCCCCCCCCCCCCCAAAAAAAAACAACAAAAAACAAAAAAACACAUUCAAUAUAUGACAUUUAUCAGAGUGAACACACUGUUUCUUUAAAUGUCAUAAUCACUUUUAUUCUUUAUUAUAAACAGAAUAAAUCAGAGCUGCAGACGAGCUUUUAAAUCUUCUUCUUCUUCUAUGAAACUAAACAAGCUGCAAACAUAAAACCUCCAGAGUCCAAAGACGACGCGUUUCAUCUGUCUCUCUAUUCACCAGCAGCCAGUGUCUCUCUUGUCUUCUUGUUUGUUGUCUUAACAUCAGUCUGAGCUCAGGACCAUAAUUAUUUCUGGUCCUGAACAUGUUAAAAGUGAUAGUUAAAGAGGAGGAGGAGGAGGAGGAGGAGAGGAGGAGGAGGAGGAGGAGUUCAUGCUGUAAACGUACUCGAAUCAGAGUUGAAUCCAGAGCAACCAAGAGUCAAUUCAUAAAUAAUUGAUAAAUAAUAAAGAAUAUAUAUAAUAAU